AUGAGUGAUUAUAUUCCACGUCGUGGUGAUCAUUUAUAUGUUUGGAGAAAAAUUCGAAUGUAUCAACAUCAUGGAAUAGUUGUUACUAAAGAAGAUAUUUUAAAUAAUAUAAUAUCCGAAUUAAUUCCUGAGAAACUUGAAUUAUUAAUGAUAGUUGAACAAAAUAUUCAUGGAUUAGAUAUUGUUACAUUAAAACAAUUUCGAACAGAACAUCCAUUCAGUUAUACACAUGAUAUUUGUUGUGCACAAUAUAGAGCAGAUCCAAUGGAAUAUUAUUUAAAUCGAAGUGGUACAUGUUAUUUAACAAAACGUCUACCUGAAGAUAAAAUUGUUGAAAAUGCAAUGCGAAUUUAUAAUGAUAAACAUCAAAGAGAUGUAUGGAAAACUUAUAGUCUUGUUCUUAAAAAUUGUGAACAAUUUGCAUUUAUUUGUUCAACAAGUGUUGAAUAUGUUUUAGGAGAACAAGUUCUUAUGGGUUGUAAUGUUAUUAAAUGUGUUUUCAUUAAUGGAAUGUAUAAUGCGGCCAAAUAUAUUUUUCAAAUAAUACGACAAUUAGCAGAACAAGUUAUGUCAGGAAUACCUUUUGAAACGAUUAUUAAAGGAAAUGGAUUAGCUGCUUUAACAGCUUUUACUUUGGAAGCAUUGAUAUUAACAAUUCGUUUAUUUAUUUAUUAUUAUUAUGAAGAAGAUCGUUCAAAAAAUUUAACAAGAAAAUAUGCGAUAAGUCCAGAAGAUUAUCUUCAAGAAAUGGUUCAAGCUGGAUUUGGAAGUUUAUCUGCAUUUGGAAUGUCAAUUGCUGGAAUUUUUGUUGGUUCAGUAUUAUUUUCUAGUGCAAUGGCACCAAUGGUUUGUUCGAUUUUUUUUGGAUUUAUUGGAUAUAUUACUGCUAGAUGGAUAACAGGAUUAAUUGCAAUUAAAAUUAGAAAAACAUUUUCAUCAGAUAAUAAUGAUAAACAAAUUAUGUUCAAAAAUUAUCCAGGUGAUGAUGAUGAUACUGUCGAAUUUGCUUAA